AUGCCACUCCUAGUCCCGGAGGAGGAUACACUCUCCCUAGCGGCAUCAGCUACUCACUUUCACGAGUAUGGUGACCGUGAUGGCAGCGAGAGAGAUGGGGUCUCCCAGGUGUCCGAUCAGGGCUCUCACUCCUCAGCUCAGACUUUGCUGCCAGAGGAGGACGGCUCCAUGCGCGCCAUCCCGCGGAUGGCCUUGGAGCGAUUAGGUCUGCCUAUACCGCAGCAGGCGGAGCCAGCCCCUGUGAGCGCCUUCUUCAGGCGCAGGCCAACCUCCACUGCAUUUGCCAUCUUGCAUGCAGAGGACUUUAUAAAGGAGCUGCAUGCCUGCUGGAGAGACUCCAAGGCUUGCUCCCGCGUCUCGGCAGAUGGUCAUACCCUGGCGGCAAUGCACGACACUGCAGGGGUCGGCCUGGAUCACAUGCCAGCCAUCGAGCCCAGCAUUGCGUCCCUUAUUGUCUUCCCCAACGAGGCUCUGCGACAGGAUACUAGGUGUCCCCGUCAAUAG